GCCUGGACCUUCGAGCGGUCAGGACGCAUCCUUCAACAUGUCAAAUAUCUACAUUACUGAGCCACCGACCACGGGCAAGGUCGUGAUUGAGACAAGCCGUGGUGAUCUCGAUGUCGAGCUGUGGUGUAAAGAAUGCCCGCUUGCGUCUCGCAAUUUUAUCCAGUUGGCCCUCGAAGGGUUUUAUGAAGGCUUGAUUUUCCAUCGCCUUGUUCGUGAUUUCAUCAUCCAGGGUGGAGAUCCCACUGGGACCGGUGAGGGCGGAGAGUCCAUUUUCGGCAAGCCUUUCAAGGAUGAGUUUCAUUCGCGUCUCAAAUUCAGCCGACGAGGUCUUGUUGGUUGUGCCAACGCGGGCAAGGAUGACAACAGCAGCCAAUUUUUCAUUACGCUUGAUCGAGCUGACGAGCUCACAGGAAAGCACACCAUGUUCGGCAAGGUUGUGGGCGAUACCAUCUACAAUUUGAUUCGAUUCAACGAGUUGAGUAUCGAUGCCAACGAACGCCCCGAUGACCCUCCCAUCAUCAAGCGCAUUGAGGUUCUCAUCAAUCCUUUUGAUGACAUCAAGCCCCGCGAAGAGCGCAUGAAGGCUAAGCAGGCACAGAUGCUUGACAAACAGGAAAAGGGCAAGCAGCGCGAACGGGUCAAGGCUGUCAAAAACUUCAAACUCAUGUCUUUUGGCGAUGAGGCCGAAGAGGCAGAAGAGGCAGACGCCAUGGCACUGGGCAAGGUUUGA